AUGUCGAACCCCUUCUACGACGAUCCCGCCCUCUACAUCUUCACCUCCCUCACCGCCGGCUCCUCCCACAUCGUCACAGCCACCUCGCGCCUCGAGACCAUCCUGCGCGCCAACCGUAUCCCCUUCAAGGCCGUCGACAUCGCCUUUGACGACAAGGCCCGCCAGCUCUGGGGCCGGAGAGCCGGAAAGGAUGAGAGCGGCCGCGUGAGGAAGUUUCCCGGCCUGGUUCAAGAGGGCUGGGUCAUAGGCGAUAUUGUCGAGAUUGAAGAGUGGAACGAGUAUGGCGAGCUCAAGGAGCAUGUCAAGAUCUACUACGACGAGAACACCAUCCCCAGCAUCCACCAGAAGCUGCCCGACCCUCCGCUAAAGAAACCCAUCUACCCGAACCCCGUCCCUACUCAAGCAUCUCAAUCUCCGGUCGGAAAGGCCGUAGCGGCAGCAGCUGCUGCUAAGGCUGCGGCACCCAAGGCCGCGCCCGCCGAGAAGCCCAAGGCCGCAGAUACAAAGAAGGAGGAAAAGACGCUUCCGGUCCGCUCCGUCGCAGAUGAGGCUGCGCAGAAGGCCAAGGACCUUCGCCUGAAGGCUCUGCGGGAAAAGGUCCACGGCAAGGACGGCGCCAAGCCCGCCGCGGAGAAGGCGGAAGCAAGCAAGGAAACUCCCAAGACUCCCGCCAAGGCUACCCCCUCCAGCAGCAAGACCGACGGCCUCCAGUCCCCCACGUCCGGUUCGUGGACAGAGACCGAUGCUGCUAAGAAUGCAGUCCAGAGCCCCACGAGCGGUACUUGGAAGGAGACAGGCGCUGGUUCCCUGUCCUCUCUAAAAGGUGCUACAGUUUCCGCGGCGAGCAAGGACAAGAUCAAGGCUGUUGAAGCCAAGACAGCGAUCAAGGAGGAACCUGAGCUUGAGAAGAAGGCAGAGAAGAAGGACUCUGAUGACGACUCGGACGACGAUAGCGACGAAGAAGAGGACGAGGAUGAAGACGAUGACGAUGAGGACGACGACAACGACGAUGACGAUGAUGAUGAUAGCGAUGAUGACGAUGACGAGAAAGAAGUCAAGAAGCCUGCAGCUGCAGCUGUAGCAGCGGAAAAGGACAAGCCCAAAGACGCCAAGAAGUAA